AUGGCUGUCGAACACGCUCGCUACCGGCCAACUACGCCGCCACGUCUUCCUCUUGAAGAGUACAUCGGCUCUGGGCGUAGUCGCCAUGCCUCCACUUCGUCUGUCUAUUCGGGCGAGUCAUCUCCCUGGUCUACAGUCACCGGCAAUACCAGCCCUGCUACCUCGCCAACUAGACAUCAUCAUGGCCCGGCUCUACUGCCUAAGAUUCGACCUCAGGAUGUUGUCGUUGAGCCUGUUUCCAAUGGUGGACCUCUGCGUCACCGUCGAGUUCUUUCGAACACUCGAAACCCACCUGGCUUCAUGCCGUACCCACCAAGCCGGCCAUCCACCAGUCGUCAAAAGCGCGAGAUUCUUGAUCGCCUGACAUUGGCUUCUCCGGUAUCGCCUUUACCAAUGGCCGUUCAGGGUAGCUGCUCUGCCUUGUCAUCGCCAGUUACUCUCACCCCGUCAUUCAAGCGGAAAACAGGCGGCCACUCGCGCUCAGUCUCGGCCUCUGGCGUUGAUGCCGAAACCAUCAGCCGCUAUGGCUAUCCCACCUACCGUGAACUCCCCAAAUACAUGCCUCAGAUGCAGGCUCAAACGACACCCACAACACCUGUCACUCCAGUCACUCCAAAUAUUGUGCUUUACCCGUCCUACCCGCAACGACUAAGUGGCCCAGCGCCCCUAUGCACGAAUCCAUUGACCGUCCCCAACCCUCACUAUUACCGAUCAUCCGCUCAGCCUUCACCUGCCUUGUCCAGUCCUCAAGAGGACCUGCCACAGUCGACGACCCUGCUUUCCUACCUCACCCGCUCUAUCCAGCCAAUCAACCUAGUGCGCAACGUAAGUGUAGUUCCAACUCGCGGCAUGCACGACUAUUUCUGGUGGGACAUCCGCAAUUUGCGCAGCUGGAAAUCCUUCUCCCUGGCCAAUUUCGGCUCCCUGGACAGUUGCCUCAUCCAGCUCCUCAGAACCGAGAUUCCGGGCCACCGCACACCCGCCGUGACAGUAUCACCGGCCUCUCUAGCCCCGGAAUCCGAGCCAGCCCUUGUCUCGCUGAUUCGAGACUUAUAUGCCCCGAGAGUCAAUGCCGCAUUGGCUGUUUCUCAGGGCGAUGACCACCUCCAGCUGUACGCUGCACCCGACGUCCGAAACACAGGACACAAAAACCACGGCCAUCCCCAUUUUUUGGCCAACUACGCCUCCGAUACAGAGCAUACAAGUGCCGGUCUUCCCCGCGGCCGAUUAGUGGGGAUAGUCAAAUCCUUCGAUCGCUGGAACACCGGUAUGCGAAACGAAGCCCCCCAUCGUCGCGUCGAGUACCUCAACGGUUUAGCCCACCUCCAACGCUGCAUGCGAGAACACUCCUGCCGAUAUGGCUUCAUCAUCACGGAAAUCGAACUCGUCUGCGUGCGCGCAGGCUGCGACACAGGCGAUGAUGUCCCCUAUUUUGGAUUCCUGGAGAUCGCCGCCUCAAUUCCUCUCAAAACCGCUUCGACUGGCCUGCGCCGCGAUUGUCCUCUCGCAACGCCUAUUAGCGCGCGCUCAUUCUCAUCCUCCUCCUCUACUUCUUUUCCUCCUGAGUCUCCAAUCGUCGAGGACACAGAUGAUGUUCCGAUGACUGCUAGUCUAGCAUUGUAUUUCUUAUUGAUGCUUUCCCGCUCUUCUCCGCUUCCGAACCAGCCCUCUGCUCAUCUCAACGUUGGUGGGCCUGGUGCGUUGACUCGUCAACGAAUUCUGUCCGAGCCCAAGGAUAAAUGGAUCCCGGAGCCGCAGAUUGGGGAGCGUCGGGAUGCCAAAAGGGUUCGAGGGUGGGUUUGGCCCAUGGAUGCUUGGCACCGGCGAGAGGGAGGUGGUGCCCCGAGAUUGAGGGAGAAGAAGAAGUGA